AUGGGAAAUACAACCUCAAAAAUUGACUUUCAUACAGCUGUUACUGAAAUGAUAUCAUCUGGUAAUGUUACCUCAUCUGAAAAAUUUUGGAAUCAUUAUUCAUCAUCACCUACAACAAUUUUAAUAAAAGAUAUUUUUAUAAAUUUUAAUGGAACAGAUAUAAGAAAAUUAAGAGAUGAAUCACCAACCAAUUUUUCUGUUAUUGUAUGUAAAGCUAUAAAAGUUAUAACUAAAGAUACAAAAAAUAUAUCUAUAAACGACCAUAAAAAAAUUCUUAAUUCAAUACAUUUUUUAACAAGAAUUAUUCCAUUUAUGUAUGAAAGUGAUGAAUGGAAAAAUUUUUUUUGGACAUAUGAAGAUGAAACAGAAUCAUCACAAAAACCAAAAACAAUUGCAUCUAAUUUGGUUACUGCUCUUUCAAAUCUUUUGUUUGUAAUAGAUUUCACUGUCAAAAAAGUAAGUGAUGAGGAAUGUAAUAAUAGUGGAAAACAAGUAAUAGAUACUUGUGAAUAUAUUUGGGAAGCUGGAGUUGGUUUUACUAAUAAAAUGGGAGUUAAUGGAUAUCAUGAUGAGAAUCGUGUUUCUAUCUUAAGACUUCUUUUAGUAUGUUUCUCUGAAUUUCUUUAUUUAGAAUCAACAGAUAAUAAUCGAAUGAGAUGGGUGACUUCUUUUACAUCAGCUGAAAAUAAACAUGUUUUACCUAUAUUUACAUCAUUGCUUAAUAUUAUUUGUGCAUAUGAUCCUUCUGGAUUAGGUGUUCCCUAUAACUAUUUACUUUCAUCAGAUUCACGUGAACCAUUAGUUUCAGUAUCUUUACAAUUAUUACUUGUCUCAUUAGAUAAUGAUUCAUCUAUAAAAGACGAUGAAACAGGGUAUACAGAUAAUUUAUUCAUCCAAUAUCUUUCAAGGAUUCAUAGAGAGGAUGAUUUUGCUUUUAUGCUUAAGGGAAUUACAACAUUAUUAAAUAAUCCAUUACAAACAACAUAUCUACCAAAUUCAGUAAAAAAAGUUAAUUUUUACCAAGAAUUACUUGUUUUGUUAUGGAAAUGUUGUGAAUAUAAUCAAAAAUUUAUGUAUUAUGUUUUAAAAACUAGUGAUAUACUUGAAAUUUUAGUACCAAUAUUAUAUUAUAUAAAUGAGGCUAGAACAGAUCCUACAAAAGUAUCUUUUAUACAUAUGGGAAUAUUUUUGAUUCUUCUUUUAAGUGGUGAAAGAAAUUUUGGUGUUCGUCUUAAUAAACCAUACAUUUCUAAAUUAUGGAUGGAUUUACCAUCUUUUAAUGGGACUCAUGCAGAUCUCUUAAUUAUUGUUUUUCAUAAAUUAAUUACAGCUGGCAAUCAUAGACUCCAAGUCAUUAUCAAUGAUGUUUUCAAUAAUAUUAUCCAAUAUCAAUUUGAUGGAAAUUCCAAUUUAAUUUAUACACUCAUUAGAAAAAGACAAGUUUUUUAUGAGUUUGCCAAUAUUAAUUCUGAUUCAGUUUUUAUUAAAAAGAAUAUUGAGAAAAAGAAGAUAAAAGAUGAGAAGAAAAAGGCAGAAGAAAAAAAUAAAGAAACAUGUAAUACAGAAUUAAUAAUUAAUAUUAUGUCUGAGGUUGAUGGACCAGCAAAAAUAACUCCUGAAAAUGAUAAUAUAGAAGAAGAAUGGAUACCAACAACGGAGUGGGUGGAUUCAUGGAAAUCUAAAAUCCCACUUCAAACUAUUAAUCGUUUAUUGCAAGUUUUAGUACCACAAGUAGAAAAAAUCUGUAUUGACAAAGGAUUGACAGAUGAAAAAGAGAUUUUAAAAUUUCUACAAAAUGGUACUUUAGUUGGAUUACUUCCUGUCCCGCAUCCAAUUGUUAUAAGAAAGUAUCAAGCUAAUGCAGGAACAAAAAAUUGGUUUAGAACAUACAUGUGGGGUAUAAUAUUUUUACUAAAUAAUGAUCCCCCAAUAUGGAUACUCCUUACUUGA